AUGUCAAAUGUUAAAAAUAGAUAGAAUGCAAAAGCCAUGAAUAAUUUGUUAAACUCCUAAGGCUCACUUUUUCGUUUAUAAAAAAUUCUAUCCAACGAUAAUUAUCUAACUAAACAAAAGCAUUUGAAACCUCUUAGAACAGAAAAAUCAAGUACUCUAUCUCUAGUUAAAAGCGAUAGUAUGAUAACUCAUGAUAUUAAAAACUUUUUCAAAACAUCUACUAGCUUAAAUAAAAUGAAUAAAAUCGUAAAUUUCUAAAAAUAAGCUAAUGAUGAAUAACAUAAAAAAGUAAUUAAACAUCUUCUCACCGAUUAAUCUUAUUUAAAACUUAAUAAAAUUAGUUCAGAAGGAAACCGUGUAAGGACUCUACAAACUGUUAAACCAGAACUUUAAAAUUAAGCAGAUUAAAAAUAAUAAAUGAAAGAUCUAAGAGAGAAAAUUAAAAGUAAAUUACAAAAAAGAGAUUAAGUAUAUGUAUUAAAGAAUGCUUAAUAACUUAAUAAUUUAUAACUUAAGUUAUCAAAUCUACAAGCAUCUUAAUUAUUUAAGAAUUUUCUUGUUUAAAAUGGAUACAGAUAACCUGCAUUCUUAAAAGACAUAUAAUGA